AUGGCCGGGAUCGGGCCGAUCAGGCAGGACUGGGAGCCGGUGGUGGUGCGGAAGAAGGCACCCACCGCCGCCGCCAAGAAGGAUGAGAAGGCCGUCAACGCCGCGCGCCGCGCCGGCGCGGAGAUCGAGUCCACGAAGAAGUACAACGCUGGUACGAACAAGGCGGCGUCCAGCGGCACAUCCCUCAACACCAAGCGCCUGGACGACGACACUGAAAACCUCGCCCAUGAGCGAGUUCCAAGUGACCUGAAGAAAAAUCUCAUGCAAGCAAGGCUCGAUAAGAAGAUGACCCAGGCACAGCUUGCUCAGAUGAUCAAUGAGAAGCCACAGGUGAUCCAGGAGUAUGAGUCGGGCAAGGCAAUCCCCAACCAGCAGAUCAUUGGCAAGCUCGAGAGGGCCCUGGGAACGAAGCUGCGUGGCAAGAAAUAG